CUAUCCUAAGAUUAUAGGUUGUAUCCUGUCGAAUUUUUGGUUCACAAAUUGGAAAAUUUUUAUUAAUGAACUCACUCUAACUUGGGUUUAAUUCAGAGGGGAAAAACCUGGUCAGAAUUUUUAAACCGUAGUGCUAAUUACGCUAAUGUAUUCUAUAAUUAUUGCUUGGAUGAUGGAAGAAUAAUUAUAAAUAUAAAAGCUAAUAGUACAAUUAAAGGAAGAAAAUAAUGUGAUAGCAAGAAAAAGAAGAGCUAAAGCACUUUCAUAGGACCCAUAGCUUGUCCCCUCAUUAGCACCGUUGAUGUGAUCUUCAUUUUCCUCUAUUCUGCAAUUUUUUUUGUCUAUUUUCUUCCACCCUUUCUUCCCAAGAUUCUUUCUUUCUUCUCUGUCUGGGAAGGAAAAAAAAAAAAAACAACCUUGAUGAAACAAUGAUGUCAAUCAACAAAGGAAAAGAAAUAGCAGAAGGGUCUUCAAGAUCCACAGCUGUUGCUGUUGCUGCUGCUGCUGAUCAGCAAAAUCCACCUCCGUUAAGCCGGUACGAGUCACAGAAAAGAAGGGAUUGGAACACUUUUGGUCAGUACUUGAGGAACCAAAGGCCACCAGUUGGUCUUUCUCAGUGCAACUCCAAUCAUGUGCUUGAUUUCCUUCGUUACCUUGAUCAAUUCGGCAAGACAAAGGUGCACUUACAAGGUUGCGUGUUCUUCGGGCAACCUGAGCCACCAGGGCCUUGUACAUGCCCUCUUAGACAAGCUUGGGGUAGCCUUGAUGCUCUCAUCGGCCGACUUCGAGCUGCUUAUGAAGAGAAUGGUGGGUUGCCUGAGACCAACCCUUUUGCAAGUGGUGCUAUUCGUAUUUCUCUUCGUGAAGUGAGGGAUUCCCAAGCGAAAGCUCGGGGAAUUCCUUAUAAGAAGAAAAAGAAGAAGAGAAAUCCAUUGAAGUCUAAUGAAGAUGGCUCAAGCUUCCCUAUUCAGCAAUCUUGAUUUCUCUAUGGCUUUCCCUUAUACCUUAUAAAAGUGGCCCUAAAAUAAAAUCCCAAGAGUUUGAUCGGUUUGCUAUUGCUACUACAUCAGGUCAAAGCUCCAUCUUUACUCGAAAUUGCAAUCAUUUCCUUCUUGGAUCAAGAAAUUGGAUAAUUUUAUAUAUAGCUAGAUCAGCACUGUGUUUAUUGUUUUAAAUGAGAAUCAAAGCGGGAAAUGGGGCAAGAUAUAUAGAUAUAUAAACUGGAGUUGAAGAGGGUAAGCUGCUUUUUUUCUUCUUGUUUUAUAUUUCCUUUUCCAUUUCAAGUCAGUUAAUCAGCAUUUUGUCAAAUGCAGUCCAAGUUUGUCCCUUGAACGUUCUCCAGGUACAUGUAUAUUGAUGCAAAUGACUAUUAUAAUAUUGUACUUUCCAAAAUUUUGAUUA